CUCGCAGUCCAUCACACUACCCCAUGUGCCACCAUCGCCUUCCUGAUGUUGAGAGAGAAAGAACUGGUAGUGUUGUCUUCAGGCAGGGUCCACAUCAAGCCCAUCUAUUUACCUUCCUGGAUGUGAGGGCCUCUAUAGGGAACGCCAGAGCAGCUGGAUUCCUACCUUCUGACAAGAUAGUUGACUGAUAUUUGAUAUUUAAUUUGAUAUUUUACGCGAGAGGCAUAAAAGCUCCACAGGAGUGCUCCUUGCACACCAAAAGACCUGGGUGUCCUCAGCGGAGUCCAGUUUGUUGUUCAGGUGAACGCACAGGAACAUCUCAACAUCUCAAUGAGCAUUCUCUGGAUGUUCAGAUGUACACAUUCUAUUUUUUGUAUGAAUAAAAAAUGAAAUACAACGUCAAUACUAUAAUAAAAUAAUAAAGUUGUUUAAAUAUGUUUUCUCGUAUUGAGAUCAAAUCUGUGUUGAUGCUGCCCUCCGGUGGUCACGAAACUAUGUUAAGCCAGACACCAGGACGUUCAAACAAAUUUCGGUUAAUACUUUCAGCUAAAGAAAUUACUACUGAACAUAAAAUGAAAUAAAUAAUACUAUUAGUUUUAUCUAUUAAUUGUUUUAUUGUGCUAGAAACUACCAAUCCACAUGUAUCAGUGGGAAUAAUACAGUUUAAACUUCCUCCGGCCCCUGAAGGCAUCACUGCUCGUUGCCAACGUCAGCCGGAACCAGGAAAUGUCGAGCUUGUUGUGAGUCGUCGGGUUGAUUUUAACUGUUUCUUUUUUCUAUCCUGGGUUACAAAUGUCGAGCUCUGCUGGACCCGCUAUUUGGUCCUCGGUGCUGGUGCUGGUGCUGGUCGCGACUGUCGGUGCCGUGUCCGAACUGGGGAAGUGGACCCUGAACAUCGACAGCGAAACUUUGAAAAAGCAGAACGUUUUCUUCUACACUAAAACUCUGUUCAACAGCAGCUCCGUUCAUCUCAAGCUCGAGACCUGCAGCGCGGCAACACCCGUCAACUUCAACGUGUCCUGGUAUCUGAGGAGCUCACACUGCUACAAAGAAGUCUUCAACCUGGACGCGGCAAGCGCAGAAAAUUACUUCAGCUCGAAGGUGGUCGAACAAGGAGAAGAAAGUGGAUAUCAUGUCUUUCAUCAACAUCGUGUCAUCACCUGCGGGCCAAUCGUGGACAGCGAGCACAAGACACAGCUUCAGAGGAGAAGGAGAGAUGCCAUUAUGCAGUCGAAGGUUGUAGCAGUGAAGCAAAAACGGGAUUCUGCCAAAGGAGGCCCAGCUUCACCCUCCGCCAAAGGAGGCCCAGCUUCACCCUCCGCCAAAGGAGGCCCAGCUUCACCCUCCGGCAAAGGAGGCCCAGCUUCACCCUCCGGCAAAGGAGGCCCAGCUUCACCCUCCGGCAAAGGAGGCCCAGCUUCACCCUCCGGCAAAGGAGGCCCAGCUUCACCCUCCGGCAAAGGAGGCCCAGCUUCACCCUCCGGCAAAGGAGGCCCAGCUUCACCCUCCGGCAAAGGAGGCCCAGCUUCACCCUCCGGCAAAGGAGGCCCAGCUUCACCCUCCGGCAAAGGAGGCCCAGCUUCACCCUCCGCAAAAGGAGGCCCAGCUUCACCCUCCGGCAAUGGAGGCCCAGCUUCCACCCCUGCAAAAGGAGGCCCAGCUUCCACCCCUGCAAAAGGAGGCCCAGCUUCCACCCCUGCAAAAGGAGGCCCAGCUUCCACCUCUGCAAAAGGAGCCACAGCUUCACUCUCCCCCAAAGGAGGCCCAGCUUCCAUCCCCGCCGAAGGAGGCAGUCAGACUGCUUCUUUCUUGGACGUGGAGGCAAAGACCUGGGAGGACGCACCCUACAUGUUCAUCCUGCGUAUCAAAGAGAUCAAAGAAGACCCCAAAGAAAAGAGCAACGUUAAUCUAAAAUUGCAGAUACAAAUGAAGGGUCCUUAUGAGUACUUAUCAGCCGCUGAGUGGCCUUUGAUGACGUUCUACAUGGUCAUGUGCAUUGUGUACGUGCUGCUGGCCGUGCUGUGGCUGGCUCUGCUGGCUCACCACUGGAGGGAUCUGCUGAGGAUCCAGUUCUGGAUUGGGGGAGUCAUCUUCCUGGGCAUGUUGGAGAAGGCCGUCUACUACGCCGAGUUCCAGAGCAUCCGGUACGAUGGCGUGUCGGUCCAGGGGGCCGUGGUGUUUGCUGAGGUGCUCUCUGCAGUGAAGAGGACUCUGGCCAGGAUUCUGGUUAUAAUCGCCAGUCUGGGAUACGGCAUCGUCAAACCCAGACUUGGGGCUUUGCUCCACCGAGUCGUAGGAGUCGGUUUACUCUACUUGAUCUUCUCCAGCAUUGAGGGGAUCCUACGAGUCAACGCUGAUCGAGGCACCCACUCCAGCGGUGUGUUACUGUGUGACAUAGCGCUGGCCUUCAUUGACUCCUGUAUUGUCUGGUGGAUCUUUGUGAGUCUGGCUCAGACGAUGAAGCUGCUGAGGCUCAGGAGGAACGCUGUGAAGCUCUCCCUCUACAGACACUUCACUAACACGCUCAUCUUCGCUGUCAUAGUGUCGGGCAUCUUCUUCCUCUGGACCACCAAGACCUUCCAGGUGUCUAAAUGUCUAUCUGAUUGGAAAGAGCUGUGGAUAGAAGACGCUUUCUGGCGCUUCCUGUUCUCCAUCAUCCUGUUGGUCAUCAUGUUCCUCUGGCGACCCUCGGCCAAUAACCAGAGGUAUGCCUUCAGUCCUCUGUUAGAUGAAGAGAGUGAGGAAGAGGAGAAGGAGCCCAUGAUGAACGAGGCUUUCGAGGGGAUGAAAAUGCGGGGCACGAAAAAUGAGGCCAAUUGCACGGCCCAAGCCAACAAGGUGGAUGAGGAUCUGAAAUGGGUGGAAGAGAAUGUCCCUUCAUCUUUAGCUGAUGUUGCCCUGCCCCCUCUGCUGGACUCGGAUGAGGAAACCUUGACGACAAAGUUUGAGAUGUCAAAAAUGGAGUGAAAGCAGAAGAGGAAUGACGACUGAACGGGGGAGAGUGUUUGUAGAACAGCGUGGUGAAUAAUGCAGAUUGAUGUUGGUUUGCGGGGUGGAUUCAAAGCGAAGGAAGUGCAGCGAUACACGGACUGAUGGAUGGAAGAAGGAUCCUAAAAAAGGAGUGGUGGCUCUCUGUGUGUGACUUUAUGAGCUUUGUAAGCCUUGAUUAUACAUACGCCGGGAGUAGAAUCCAUCACAACGGCACAAGAUUUCUUUUAUUUUCAUGGACUGUUCAGGUUUAUAUUUCUAUAGGUGUGUGUGAAUAUAUAUAUAUACAUAAUUACAUUUUUUUUUCUUUUGACAGGUUCAAUCUGCUAAGGAUCUGUGCUACAGAUCGGGUUGUUUGUCUUCUUGCUUGUUGAAAUCCUAAUUUUCUAUAUUAUCAUUCUGUGUGUGUCGUUGAGUCUGUGAUUGAGAGACUUACUGAACUGCUUUUUUUCUCUUGGUUUUUGGAUUGUUGAUGUUUUUCCAGCUUUUUAUUUGUAAACCAUUAAAACUGUUUCCGUUCAGAUCAUUUUAUACAGACUGCGUUCAACGAUUAUAUUUUCUUUCAUGUUUGUUGCUUUGCCCAUGUUAAGGUAUUUCUGAGGACUGAUUUGCUGCAUUAAUUCGAAUGUAGGACAUCUAAUGAGGAAAGUUGCCCCUGUCGUCAUGAUCAGCAUCAUCAGUAUAUUCAGGUCAUGACGCAUCUUUCCUGCUGAUGUGUGUUUAAAAUGACUCGUGACGCCUCCAGAGUUUUAAAAGCCAGAGUGAGCAGCUAUCAGAACCUUGAGACACGCAGAACGCCCUUAUCGUCCACAUCACAGAUAUCAAUAGAGUACAAGGGCUGAAACACCAAGAUGGCAUUAAGCCAUUGACCCCAUCAGGCUGUGGGACUGAGUAGAGAAGCCCCUCUGUAAGGAAA